GCCGCGGCGGAGAUGUUCUCGGCGAGGAGGCGCUGGGGCCGGCGGCAGCGAGCUCUGCUCUGGGUGAUCCUGCUGGCGGCGGGGGAGGCGGCGUGGGGGCAGCUGCGCUACUCGGUGCCCGAGGAGAUGCCCAAGGGCUCGUUCGUGGGCGACGUGGCCAAGGACCUGGGGCUGCAGCUGCCCGCGCUCCAAGACCGCGGCGUCCACAUUACAGAAAGAGGUAGGAUACAAUACUUCUCUCUGCAUGGGAAGACGGGACAUUUAGUGACUGCGGUGAGGAUCGACAGAGAGCAGCUUUGCCGAUUGGUGGAGAAAUGCGUGCUGCGUUGUGAGCUGAUAGUGGAGGGAGAAAUGCAGGUUUACAGAAUCGAAAUAGAAAUCACGGACAUAAAUGACAACUCUCCUAAAUUCAGAGAGGUAGAAACGGAGCUGAGAAUGAGUGAGACGACAGCCGCAGGGGCGAGAUUUCCACUUCCUAGGGCUCAUGACAACGAUACGGGACUGAAUUCCCUGCAGAGCUACGAGCUGAGCGGUGACGAGCACUUCUCGCUGGCCGUGCAGGCGGGCCCCGGCGGCGAUCAGCGUCCCGAGCUGGUGCUGGCGAAGGCGCUGGACCGGGAGGAGGCGGCGUUUCACGAGCUGGUGCUGAGGGCGAGUGACGGCGGCGAUCCGGCACGGACGGGCACGGCUCGGAUCCGUGUUACAGUGGUGGAUGCGAACGACAACGCGCCGGUGUUCAGCCAGGCGGAGUACACGGUGCGUGUGCCCGAGGACGUGCCCGUGGGCUCUGUCCUCGUCACCAUCACGGCCACGGACGCUGACGACGGCUUGAAUGGUCUCGUGAAAUACGCUAUGAAGAAAGCGACCAACAUGGCACCGGAUAUUUUCCAUCUGGAUACUGAAACGGGAGCGAUCACGCUGUUGCGGAGCCUGGAUUUCGAGGAAGGCAAUUCCUACGAAUUGGAGCUGGAGGCACAUGACAGCGGAGCUCUUUUCGACACAGCAAUAGUCACGAUCUCUAUAACAGAUGUGAACGACAAUGCGCCCGAACUGACAGUAUCAUCAAAGCUGGACGAGAUCUCGGAAGAUGCCCAGCCGGGAACUGUUGUGGCCCUCCUGCACGUCCAGGACCGGGACUCGGGGGCCAACGGCAACGUGCGCUGCUCUCUUGAAAAGGACGUCCCAUUCCGGCUGGAGAAAUCUUUUGACGAUUACUAUCGCGUGGUGACAGCGGGCGAGCUGGACCGGGAGCAGGUGUCGGAGUACAACGUGACGGUGCGGGCGGCCGACGGCGGGUCGCCGUCGCUGCAGAGCAGCGCGGUGCUGGCGCUGCGGGUGCUGGACGUGAACGACAACGCGCCGGUGUUCGCGGAGGAGCGCUACAGCGCGCGGCUGGCGGAGAACAACGCGGCGGGCGCGCUGGUGCUGACGGUGCGCGCGACGGACGCGGACUGGGGGCAGAACGCGCGCGUGCGCUACCGGCUGUCGGAGGGGCGGGUGCGGGGCGCGCCGCUGUCGUCGUACGUGUCGGUGCAGGCGGAGACGGGCGCGCUGUACGCGCUGCGCUCCUUGGACUACGAGCAGGUGCGCGAGCUGCGGCUGUGGGUGCGCGCGGAGGACGGCGGCGCGCCGGCGCUGAGCGGCAACGUGUCGGUGCUGCUGCUGAUCGCGGACGAGAACGACAACGCGCCGCAGGUGCUGUACCCGCCGCCGGCCGCGGCGGCGCGGCGGGGCUCGGGCGCGGCGCGGUCGGUCGUGGAGCUGGCGCCGCGCUCGUCGCCGGCCGGCGCGCUGGUGGCCAAGGUGGUGGCGGUGGACGCGGACGCGGGUCAGAACGCGUGGCUGUCGUACGAGCUGGCCAAGGCCACGGAGCCGGGGCUGUUCCGCGUGGGGCCGCACAGCGGCGAGGUGCGCACGGCGCGCUCGCCGCUGGCCCGCGACGCGGCGCGCCACAGCCUGGUGGUGCUGGUGAAGGACCACGGGCGGCCGGCGCUGUCGGCCACGGCCACGCUGAGCGUGGUGCUGGCCGAGAGCGUGGCCGAGCUGCUGGCCGAGCUGGGCGGCGCGGCCGACGAGGCGGCGGCGCCGGGCGAGCCGGCCGGCAGCCUGACGCGCUGGCUCGUGCUGGCCGUGGCCGCCGUGUCCUGCCUCUUCCUCGCCUUCCUGCUGCUGCUGCUGGCGCUGCGCCUGCGCCGCUGGCGCCGCCAGCAGCUGCUGCCGCCCGACAGCGGCGCCUCCUUGCGCGGCGUGCCCGUCUCGCACUUCGUGGGCAUCGACGGCGUGCGCGCCUUCCUGCAGUCCUACUCGCACGAGGUGUCGCUCACGGCCGACUCGCGCGAGAGCCGGCUGCGCUUCUCGGCCGCCGCCGCCUGCUGCGACACCCUCCCGGCACGACCACCAGAUGAUGCUUCGGGUGAUCUUGUCCCUUCGGAAGACCAAGCUGCCGAAAGCGGUGGGCAAGAUGCCUUUCAGCUAGAAAGCCGACACUUUGAAGUCCCUGAUUUCUUCCACAACCGCCUUCAACAAACGAAUUAUUCAAUCCCUCUUAAGGGGAUUUGGAGAGAUUAG